AUGGGCAAUCAAGGGGGCAAGGAGAAGGACGACAAAGGCGACCACUUGAGCCGAGAGCAACUCGAGGACAUUCACCGGCUCGCCUUGAAUGAGAUUAGCGACAUGUUCAAGUGGUUCAAGAAGGAGGCCCCCACGAGCGUGAUCACCAAGGCCGAGUUCAAGGGGGUUCUGCAGCGGAUGGGGGUGGAGGACCCCUUCCUGCAGGACCUCAUCUUCAAGGUGUUCGACGGCACCAAGACCGGCUGCAUCCGCUUUCCCGAGUUCGUCCUCGCCCUCUCCAUCAUCACGCGAGGCACGCCUGACGAAAAGCUCGAAUUCGCGUUCCAGAUGUACGACCUGGACGACAAGGGCCACAUCACGCGCGAGGACAUGAACAAGAUCAUGACCUCGUUCCUCAACCUCGUAGGCGGCGACGUGGUGACCUUCUCCGGCAAGAAGUUCGAGUCCGUGGAGCAGCUCGCCGACGCCUUCUUCGAGCAGAUGGACUCCAUGGGCGACGGCAAGAUCACGAUCGAGGAGUACAAGGAGGGCGCCAUCCGCAACCCCGACAUCGUCAUUGGCCUCGGCCUGAGCGAACUGCGCAACUGA